CCAGAUCCCCUUCGAGAUGCCGGACUGCGCGGGGGAAUCGGAGACCCGCACCCUGCACCUCGUCGGCGAUUUCUCAGCUCCCGCCGAAUUUUUCGUGACCCUGGGGGUCUUCUGCUUCCUCUACGCCAUGGCAGCUCUGGUGCUUUACCUGCGCUUUCAUUCCCUCUACGGCGAAAAUAAGAAGCUCCCCAUCGCGGAUUUCUGCGUCACCGUUUGCUUCGCCUUCUUCUGGCUGGUGGCGGCGGCGGCGUGGGGCAAAGGGCUGACCGACGUGAAGGCGGCCACGCGGCCCGCCAGCCUCAUCGCCGCCAUGGGGGUCUGCCAGGAGGAGGAGGUGGGCUGCAACGCCG